AUGUUAGCUUCUCAAGACUCUAACUCCAUUUCUAUCCUGACCGCUCACCUCAAGUCUGACAGCUUAACCACAUCAGCGAAGGGAUGUGCGCAGGCGGGGAACCACACUGCAACGCUUCCGGCAUCUAUUAAAACUAUUGUCAAGGCCUGCAAUGGCACCCUGAGCGAUGAGGAGGUUUCUCAGCUGGGAAAAGUAUCACCAGGGACACGCUGUGAUGCCCUUCGCAUGCUUUUCGAGGGCAACGAUCCUAAUACCAUCGCUGCGUAUUUACUUUCCAAGGCACGCGACGUGGAUUCAAGCACAAAUAGUUCAACAUUGAUGAGAUUGGUUUCUAGGGUGAAGUUACAGGAUGGUAUUGUGGAUAGAAAUUUACAAACAAAGUAUCGAAGUGAAUUCGAAAAUACUCCUAAGCCUAUACAAUUGGCACAGAAAGGUGGAGAAGUUACCGCUUAUAGAUGUAAGGGUUUGAAACAUACUGUAGGGGAUGUUACACCCAUUUACGGCACCAGCACGUCUACUAAGUCCAAUCACUAUUAUCCCAGUCCCUAUUCAUUGAAUACCUUGGUUUCAAUUUCUACGCUUUCCACAGGCGAUAGAAUGCGAUCGAUUACCGCGCAGGUCCAAGGGCCUUCACAACUGCAGUCAGAGAGAAGCACACACAGCUCCGGCAUUACCAUCACCACCACGCCAAGUACCUUCGCCCUAUUUCCUGAAGUGGAAUCGUCGAGCGCUGAGGGCUCAGAGUCACAUUUACUGCAAGACGGGGUUCAUUCAAACCUGCAGAAUUCAGGACCUCAAGCCAUAUUCAACUCUCAAAGUGAUGUUAGGGUCUUCCAUAGUCCAGAGGUGGUAUCUAAACCUGCUGCCCCCCAAACUGUUUUUACUAGUAGAACCCAAUGCUGUGCUUUGCUUUCAACGCAGCCGGAGAAGGAUUUGUCAGGUCGCUUUCAGUGUGUUGAUACAGGAGUCCAUAAAUCGAACCCUUCGGAGAAGGCGCGUGAAGAGUCUCCAGCUGCUCGGCCGCCACAAGAUGCUCAGAUGAUUAUUCAAUAUAUCGAUGAUCCAAAUUACAAACAAAAUGGAAAGACAGUAGUUGACUAUAAUGGAUCCGGAAGAUGCGACUCUUUUUUUGAGUCAGGUGGGAGCGCAACACAGUCUAGAAGUAGUUCUUUACCAGAGUCUACCGACCACAACAAGGAUGCUAAUGACCACUUAGAGGUCCGCGAUGCGCUUGUACAGCCGUUGGAGGAAUCUGGUGCUUUCUUUCAACAGAAUCCUGGACUAUCACACCCUCGGUUAGCUGGAAAAACUACUGAAGGGGUCUCGUCUGUGUGUGGUGGCGGCGCUAUAGAUUCAUCUCACGAGGAUGCGCCUUCCAGGUGCGCAGGUGCCGUCGUUAUGGUCCCAUUGUUAAAUUUGAGAGGUUUUAAAGAAUCAAACACUGAACGGCAUGCCCGUCCACCAGCACAGCACCAGGGGACUCGAAGCGGUACGCAGCCGUACAUCAACUGGACACGAAAGGGCGAUGAGCGGUUCCUAACCCCACCCCGCCAAGCCGUAGGGCGGCACGGCACCGCCUCCAUCACCCCUAGGGCCUUCCCCAAGGACAGGCAAUCCGGCGGUGUGAUUCACGUUCACUCCUCCCGUCUGGUGGCCACGACCCCACGCCCCGUCCGUAGCCCCUGCGGCGUCUUACAGGGCCGGGCUGAAGGGGGUGGGAUGGCCCGUCGCGUGGCGUCAUCCGCCUGGCCCAGCCCUUCCAGCGGCGGGACGCCCCGCACGCCGCGUUCGGGGCGGCCUGGUGCCCGGUUUCACGCUGUAUCGCCUGGGUCGAACGGUAGAGGCAGAAAGCACCAGCCGUCAACUGGAAUCACUACCUUUCGUUCGCCCACAUGGCAAGAGUCACUGCGGCAACGUACGGUGGGAGAUAACGCUUUUCGUGCGAGCCGCGCCCUUGAAAGAAAUGGGGUCCAUGACCAUAACUUGUGUCGUCGUUCCAAAAUUGAUACCUCGAGUGGGAACUACAAAAAUAGGUUUGUACGCAGUCAUACGGCAACAAUAGAACACACAGCUAGCUACCGUUUUCGCCAAACAGUACUGAACGCACCGCUCGAGAGGUAUGGGAGUGUGUUUCAUAGAGGUAUGUCAUCUGCUGGUGUGUAUCCUUCCUUGGGUGACUAUGGUGAUACCUUUGGGCAAGUUUGCCGUGACCGCCCAACGCACAGAAACCCGGCGAAGGCCACCUUGAGAUCUGCUUCAGCUUUUUCUCGGAACAGCACAACACACAACGCGGUUGUAUCACAAUAUUCACAGACGACUCCAAGGGGAAUUGCCGGCGGAAGUACUUCUUCCACUAAGCGAAACCUGAAGCGCAUUGUGUUAAUGACACGCCACCCAUACACGUUAGACGGCAGUGUAAGCUAA